AUGAAUGUGGGCACCCCCCCGCGCCGGGCACUGGCGGUGCCCCCCCCCAGACCAUGCCAGCCAGUGCCACCACUGGGGCAGACGCUGGGCCGGUACCUGCGGGCACUGGAGGGGCUGCUGGAGCCCUCUGAGCUGGAGGAGACGCGGGCACUUGUGGCCAACUUUGAGGCCCCCGGGGCCGAGGGGCCGCGACUCCAGGCCCAGCUGGAGCGCCGCGCUGCCCGCACCAGCAAUUGGCUGUCAGAGUGGUGGGUGCAGAGCUCCUUCUUGGAAGCCCGCUUGCCCCUGCCUGUGCACUCGAACCCGGCACUUGUCCUGCCCAAACAGGACUAUGGCAACUGGCAUGGGCAGCUCAGGUUUGCAGCCAAGCUGAUCGCCGGGGUCCUGGAUUUCAAGGCCAAGAUUGACCAUGGUGCGCUGCUGGCGGAGUACCAGGGCGGGCACCCACUGUGCAUGGCACAAUACGGGCGCGUCUUCGGUGCCUGCCGUGUGCCGGGGCCCAAGCACGACGGGCUUCUCCUGCCCCCCCCGGGGCGCCGGCCCCCAACCCACAUCACCGUCGUGCGCAACUUCCAGUUCUUUGAGGUGGAGGUGUACAACAGCGACGGGACGCCACUGACCGUGGACCAGCUGCACAUGCAGCUCCAGCGCGUCCGGGCGCAGUCCUGGAAGACAGACAAGGAGCCACUGGGGCUGCUGACCAGUGACCACCGCCACACGUGGGGCCUGGCCUACACCACCCUCAUGCGAGACCGGCUGAACCGGGAGUCGGUGCAGCGCAUCCAGCGCAGCCUCUUCACUGUGUGCCUGGACGCGUCCGUGCUGAAGGUGUCGGACGAGCGGUUCCCGUCCCGCGUGGCUGCCCAGAUGCUCCAUGGUGGCGGCAGCUGGUCCAGGAGUGGCAACCGCUGGUUUGACAAGGCCCUGCAGUUCAUUGUGGGAGAGGAUGGUGUGUGCGGCGUGGUGUACGAACAGGCUGUGGUGGACGCACAGCCAGUCGCCACCAUUGUUGACCAUGCCCUCGAGUACUGCAAGAACCCCGACAUGCGCCGUGCUCCCAUGACACCCCUGCCCCUCCCCCGCAAGCUCUACUUCUACAUCACCCCCGAGAUCAAGCACGACAUCGAGAGGGCCAAGUGUAACCUCGACAUGUGCGGAGGGGCUGCGGGUCGGGAGAGAGGGGUGCUGGGAGGGCAGGGGCUGUGGGUCGGGAGUGAGGAGCACUGGCAGGGCUGAGGAG